CAAAAAAAAAGUACAAAAAAAAUGGAUUGCGUUGCUCUGGUAAAAGUUUCAACGAAAACGUAUCCCACAAUUUUUUGUUUCCAUAGAUUUGUAGACUUUAAUAUCUAGCAAUAUUUUAACAAAGAACAUUACGUGAUUCCAUUGAAGCUACAAAAUUUGAAGAAGCUAGCAGAAUUUCGAAAUCCUAACAACUAACAACGCGCUUGGCGACAGAAGUCGCUGGGAUGUUAUUAGAAACGCAAGUGUAACCUAUAAACAUCAACAAGCAUUUUUGUAUAAAAGCGCUGGCGCUCAAUUUUUUGAAGAUUGCAACAAACCGUAAACCACGGCGUCGAAAAAAACUGAAGAAUCUGCCCAUCUGGAAGCAGAUAACCGAUACAAGAUGCCUGCUGCUAGUUUUGGAUCAAUUGCACAGCUGCCAGGAACGGGAGACUGUGGGAUAAAGGAUGUAUGGAAUCAUAAUUUGCAUGAAGAAUUUCAAAUAAUAAGACAAGUUGUUCAAAAAUACCACUGGGUGGCAAUGGACACAGAGUUUCCAGGAGUUGUUGCCCGACCUAUCGGAGAAUUCAGAUCCACCGCUGACUAUCAGUAUCAACUAUUAAGAUGUAAUGUUGAUCUCCUAAGAAUUAUUCAGUUGGGUCUCACAUUCAUGGAUGAAAACGGCAAAACUCCUCCUGGUUACACCACAUGGCAAUUCAACUUUAAAUUCAACCUGCAAGAGGAUAUGUAUGCGCAAGACUCAAUAGAUUUACUGCAGAACUCAGGUCUCCAAUUCAGAAAGCAUGAAGAAGAUGGCAUUGAACCCCUGGAGUUUGCAGAACUAUUGAUGUCAUCUGGGCUGGUGUUAAUGGACAAUAUAAAGUGGCUCAGUUUUCACUCCGGCUAUGAUUUUGGUUACCUUCUAAAACUGCUAACUGAUCAGAACUUACCGCAAGAUGAAAAUGAUUUUUUUGAAAGCUUGAGGCUUUAUUUUCCAACGGUUUACGAUGUAAAGUACUUAAUGAAGUUAUGCAAAAACUUAAAAGGUGGACUGCAGGAGGUGGCAGACCAGUUAGAACUGCGUCGUGUGGGACCUCAACACCAAGCUGGUUCCGACUCACAUCUAACAGGAAUGGCAUUCUUUAAAAUAAAGGAGAUAUUCUUUGAUGACAACAUCGAAAAUUCCAGUGGACAUUUAUAUGGUUUGGGUGCACCCUUCUCAGUAAAUGUCAACAAUUUCCAAGACAACGGGGAGAAUGGAAACUCCUCCUGAUCUUUAGAAAACGGGCAUGUAAUAAGCCUAACACCACAACCUCCGGUGUUCCAUAUUUCAGAGUGAAAAUAACAUUGAAUGUGUGCUGUGUACAUAAAGUAACUGUGAGUGACAAUUCGACAUUAAGUGAGCACUUCUUUCUGUGUGAAUAAACUCCUGUUAUGUCCGCUAUUUCAUUUAUACAAGUUAAUUUUACAAAUUUAAAAAAAUCUGCAAUGAAAUCAUAAUUAUGUAUAUAAAUAAAUUAAUUCCAUGCAUCCAU